UCAGCGGGUCGCCGGGCAGCAGACUCGGUUGCAGGCGUUUGCGAGUCGCGGCCAUUGGUGGUACCCCUAGUGUGUGUGUAAAAGAGGGAGGAAAAAUAAGACCCUGUGGGUUUCUUUUACAAAAGACCGGUAGAAUAACUCACUCUUCGGGGGUCAUUCCACCCCGGACCUUCUGUUCUUUUUCCCACCCCAUCUUUCCAAAAAAAAAUUUGUUUUGAUCCACCGACUCACCAUGCCACCCAAGAGAAAGGUUGCUGGAGAGCCUAGAGAGGAGCCAAAAAGGAAGUCACCAAGGUUGUCAGCAAAAUCACCACCUCCAAGACCAGAGCCAAAACAAAAGAAGGCAUCAACUAAAAAAGAAAAGGCUGCUAAUGACAAGAAGGAGGAAAAGAAAGCACCAACGAAAGGAAAAAAAGGAACAAAAGGCAAAGAAGAGACUAACCAAGAGGAUGCAAAGGAAGAAACUCCCUCUGAGAAUGGAGAAGCCAAAAAUGAUGAGGCACAGUCUACUGAAAGCUGUGAAGAGAAAGAAGCCAAGUCAGAGUAACUGCAUCUGCCCGUCAUCUCCAUCAAUGGCAUCCAUACCUCCAUACUGUAUUGUUAACAGAGAGGAAUAUUUUUAUCAACUAUUUUAUAAAUACAAGGUUUUUUUAGCAUGAAUUUAAUUAUGGAAACACCCACAUCUCAAGAUUAUUUGGGGUAUGAAACCCUAAAGAAUCAUUGUUUUAAAAUUGUGAUUGUCAUAGUUAGUGUGAUAUGUGGGACAAGUAAAUGGUGGUAGUUAUUGACUUCUGUCAAUGUUUGUCUUGUGUCAUACUUAAAAAGGUCUGAUUUAAUUCACCAGGUAUUUGUGGUAUUAGGCUAUUACAAGUGGGGAAGAGAAAGUUGUUUGUCAAAACAUUCCAGUGGUUUUGUGGGUUAGUUUUGUAACCAGGUAAAAUAUUUUGGUGAAAAAAAAAUAAAACAUGGGGCCUGGAAAUCUAAUGUGAAAAAAGUUUUAAUUUUAAAUGUUGUCAUUUUUGUAAAGAGAAACCUUUGCAAUCAUGUGAAACAAGUUUCUAAUGGAAAUUAACAUCUCUUUUAAAAAAGGGCAGAUGGCUGUAUGUACCCACUUCCUGUCAGAAUUUUUGCUGGAUGAUUUACCUUAAUAAAAAAAACCUCCCCAAAGUUUUGCUACAUGAAGUAUCACUGCUAUUUUAUUCUAUUAUUCAGUGCACACUUAAGAAUUGAAGAAAACACAAAGCACAAAACAUGGAUUUGCACUUCACUAUAAAUCCUUUCAUGAAUAUAAGAGGAUCUGUAGCACAGUUGUGAACUAGUUUUUAAAGAAUGCGUUGACAAUUUUGCUGCAAACUUAGCACUACUAUACACUGGUACCUUGUGUUCCUUAUUAAAAUAUUCUUGACACUGGGAGAAAUUUGCUUUUUAAAAUGUCUCAUGACAGUUGAGGUGUCUACAUAGAGGCAUCCUGCUCCUAUAUAAACCACUUAUUUUACCAUGGUCUCAGUUCACUUUUCUCAGAAUUGGAUAACUAUAUAUUGAUUUCUUCUGCACCCGUCAGCUUUUUUUUAAUAACUGACUAUAUCAUUUGAACCUGUUUUCAUCUAUUGGUAUAUGCUUUUUAAAAGUAUUAUUUUCAAAGGUUAUUUGAAGUACUAAAGAUUUUGUAGUGGACGUUCAUGACUAUUAUCUAAGACUGAUAUGGUUGGGUUUCUUUGCAAGCGGUAUUGGAGAUGAAUGACUUCAAAGACAUCAUUACAGUAAAGAAAUUUUAGUGAGUGACUGUGCACCAGUUGGUGUCACCCAUUGUUCGUUUUGGUGUGACUGCACAACCUGUGGUGUCUAGUAUCAGUAAGUGUAUUUCUUUGAUUCCUGUGUCAAUUCUUCUUGGAGAAUGUUAUGAAUUGUCUUGAGUAUUGGUUCAUUUAACCUUUCCCAACCACUGCAAGUAAAUAGUCUACUGGAUACUAAUAAGUAUGUUCUAGUUGCUAUUUGUAAUUAAAAUAUACUGGCCAACACAUUUUUGUACUCCUUUUGGCAUACAAUGUGAGGGGAUGCCUUGGCAAUCAUUGAUAUUAAAUCGAUUACUAGAAAUUGCCCAGAUUCAGUGCUUCUGCCUGAAUGUCCAUGAUAGCACAAUAGUUGGCUCAAUAUUCUUAAGAGUAAGUUUUGUAGUGAGUUGGUGAACAAGUAUUUCAUCACAUCUAAUAAAUUGAAUGUAGUGCUGGAAAAGCACAGCCGGUCAGGCAGCAUCCGAGGAGCAGGUGAUGUUUUUGGCAUAAACCCUUCAUCAGGAGGGUUCCUGCUUGGAUACUGCCUGACCGGCUCUGCCUUUCCAACACCACACUCUUCAACUCCGA